AUCGGAUGAUAAAGCAAGAUGGCGUCUGACGGAGAAGUCCUAAACGCGGGCAUUAUAUUUCUGUAUUCUUACAUAUAUGUUGUUUAAUAGAGUACACACGGUUAAUAAUUGUUACAUUAGUCUGAGCGCACUUUGACACUUCUCCUGUUUGAUAGCUUCAUUCAAGGUAGCUUGCAGCUAGUUUAGCUGGCUAGUUAGCUUAGCUUGUUAGCUGCUAACAAAGAGACGCGGAAGUUAUUUAAACAUCGCUAAGUAGGGAACUAAUGUGAGUGUAAAGUGUUGUGAUUGUGUGAAAAUGUGCGAAAGAACGACGGAAAAGUAUGAGGAGGAACUUUGGCCAAGAAAAGAGGAGGACGAGCGACCACAACUACUGGAUGUUUAUUAUAAGAAACAUCAUCAAGUUGUGUUACACAGAACAGAUGUCUGUGAAGAACAACUUCUGCCUGAAAAACAGGAGUGUAGCUUAAGGAUGGUGAAGGAGGAUCCAUCAGAGAGCAAGAUGAGGCGCCACGGACCCUCUGGCGUCUUCUUUUCCUCUUUGACACAGACCCUUUCCUGUAAAAAGAAAGAGGAAGACUCACUGACCCACCACAUUAAAAAGGAAGAGGAGGAACACAGCAUCAGUCAAGAGCAUAUUGAAGGACUGGUGUCCCCAGUGACUGGUGUCCCUGUGAAGAGUGAAGAUGAUGAGGUCAAAGGUGAAAGUGAGAAGAAGAGAGAGGCGGAGCCUCCAAGCAGCAGCUCAACACAACACAUGACAACAGAAGCUGAUGGAGACCACUGUGGAGGAUCACAAGCAGACAAGCUCUUAGCUCCACUAUCAGAUAGUGAGGACACAACGUCACACUCUCCUGACACUGAUGAUGAAGACUCUAAAGAUAAGACAUGUCACACUGAUAACACUAAUUUGAAAUGUUCUCACUGUGACCAAACAUUUCAUUACCAUUCAUAUCUGAAAAGACACAUAAGAACACACACUGGCGAAAAAACUUUUUCCUGCUCAGAAUGUGGUAAAUGUUUUUCACGAAAAAAGGGGUUAAAGGAACACAUGCUAAUACACACUGGAGAAAAACCUUUUUCCUGUUCACUCUGUAGUAAGGGUUUUACACAAAGUCAGAAUUUGAAAGUGCACAUGAGAACGCACACUGGUGAAAAAGCUUUUACCUGUUCAACCUGUGGUAAAAGUUUUACUAGCAGUCAGAGUUUGAAAGCACACAUGAGAACACACACUGGAGAAAAGCCAUUUUUCUGCUCAGAAUGUGGUAAAUGUUUUACUCACAGUCAGAGUUUCAAAGUACACAUGAGAAUACACACUAAAGAAAAACCUAUUUCUUUUUCAAUCUGUGGUAAAGGUUUUACACAAAAAAACCUGUUAAACAAACACAUGCUAAUACACACUGGAGAAAAAUGUUUUACCUGUUCAAUAUGUGGUAAAGGUUUUACAGAAAGUCAAUAUUUGAAAAAGCACAAGAGAACACACACUGGUGAAAAAUCACAUUCCUGUUCAAUCUGCAACAGAAGCUUUUGUCAGCGAUCAAACCUUGUAGCACACAUGAGAAGACACACAGGAGAGAAAGUGUUGAGUUGCAGUGUGUGUGGUGAAAGAUUCUCUUAUAAGUACCAGUGUAAGAAACACAAGUGUGCUGGUGAGAACAGCAGCAGCAAAUGAAACUGCACGAUUUGAAAUAAACUGUCAAGAGUUUCAUUUUGACUUUCUAACAACAUCAGCACAUAUAACAUGUGUGACAUUGUUGUUUGUGUAACAAUCUGGUUAACAUGCUUCUAUAUUUAUACACCAUUUGUUUCAGCCCAUUGCGUGCAUUAAUAUGCAACAUUUUUUACUUUUAUAUUGACAUAAAUUAUUGCAAGAGGAACAAUUUUACUAAAAAGGUCAGUAAAUCCAAAACAGUACAAAACAUGUUUUACAUGAAAAGUACAUUUAGUGUUCAUAUAUUUUAUCCAUCCAUCCAUCUAUCCAUUCAUUUUCUACCGCUUAUUCCCUUUGGGGUCACGGGGGCGCUGGUGCCUACAUAUAUUUUAUACAAACCCCUCGCGACCCCGAAAGGGAAUAAGCGGUAGACAAUGGAUGGAUGGAUGGAUAAUUUCCUUUUAAAACGUGUGACUGUAUGUGUAACAUUGUUAUUUGUGUAACACUAUUUUAAUAUGCUUUUACAUUUAUAGAUUAGAUAUUUUGUAUUAGUGAUUUUUUUUAGUCAAGUACAUGCAUUAAUAUGCAACAUUGUGUACUUUUAUUAAAAUUUAACUGAAAAAUUUCACUGAAAAGGUGAGAGUAAACAGUACAAGGCAUAUUUUACAUACAUUAAAAAAAAUGUAAGUGUGUAUAUAUAUAUAUAUAUAUAUAUAUAUAUAUUCGUCAUACAAUAUUAGACCUAUUCAUAAGAGUGUUUUUUAUAGGUGUUUGAAAUAUUAAAGUGUGACAUAUUUUUAUUUCUAGUUAUUAAUCAUCCCAUAGAUUAGCCCCUAUUUAUGAUAUACAUAUUUACUGGUUCACAUCUGAAACAUCUUCUGGACCUCUUCAGGAAGCAUAUUAUUAUUUACUUUAUACAUCAUUUGAACAAUUGUCUUUUAUACAAUUUUAAAAUGUGUGACUUUAUGAAUCAUUUGUUAGGUCUCUAAUUCAUUUUAUUAAUUAUCUGUAUUACUCUCUUUUGUAAUAUGAUGAUUGUGUUGUGAUUGUUUUAUAUGUAUGUCCCCAGACCUUUAUACAAUAUAAAAGUGAGAGAAAAUGGCUGAAA